ACCUUCGCGUUUCGCGGAUAGCGCCAUGUUUUCAACCACGUGUUUCAAGAGAUACAGACGCAUUCCCCCUUUACCGAAGAUUGGCGAAAGCACACGAGCUGUUUUAUCGGUUCUCAUUCCGAACGAGGCAAAAUAACGCCAAAAAAUGGCUAAUAAAAUAAAGGCAGUGCUUAUAGAUCUGAGUGGAACGUUACAUAUUGACAGCAGUAUAAUUCCUGGUGCCGUGGAAGCAUUGAACAGAUUGCGCAGAACAAAUUUGCUUAUUAAAUUUGUCACGAACACGACCAAAGAAUCAAAAAGUAUUUUAUAUAAUCGCUUAAAAAACUUGGGUUUUGAUAUCAAGAAGGAUGAGAUAUUUAGUUCUCUUGCUGCAGCCAGAGAAACUAUUAUUUCUCGACAAUUGAAUCCUCAGUUACUUUUAGAUUCCAAUGCGAUGGAAGACUUUGAAGAUUUGAUAAAGGAAGGCAUACCAAAUGCAGUCGUCGUCGGAUUAGCACCUGAUAAAUUUCAUUAUGAAGAAUUGAACAAAGCUUUCAGGUUAUUGCUAGAUGGUGCAUCCCUCAUUGCCAUUCAUGAAGGACGAUACUAUAAACGUUCAGAUGGUUUGGCUUUAGGUCCUGGUGCUUUUGUCAAAGGACUAGAAUAUUCUGCUAAAGUUAAAGCAGAAGUCAUUGGAAAACCUACACCAGCGUUUUUCAAAGCAGCUUUGAAGGAUAUUCCUCCAGAAGCAGCUAUAAUGAUCGGCGAUGACGUUGUGGAUGAUGUGGCUGGUGCUCAAGGAAUUGGUAUGCGUGGCUUCUUGGUGCAAACUGGAAAGUACAGAGCUGGGGAUGAGAAUUCAAUUACACCAGCUCCUUCGAGAGUCUGUGUAUCCUUUGUAGAGGCUGUUGAAGCAAUUAUCCAGGAAAUCAAUUAAACAAGGAGACCAUAUCUUUGAGGAUAAUGGUAGUGGGUGAUAAUGAAUUUGAUAAAAAGGUGCGUUCUAUAUUAGAUGUUAUCAAUGCAUUGAGUGUACACAUCACAUAUUAAAUUAUAUAUUUUAUUUAAAUAUUAAUUCUUCAGUAAUGGUGUGUGCAUACCACAGAGCAUGGUAUUAUUACAAUACAUAGAUAGUAAUGAAUUAUGAAGAAAACUGACGAUACUUUUUUUUUCAUGAUAUGAAAACUCUACAUGUAGUACUCUCAGACAUAUCGAACCUCGAUCUAUUUUAAAAUAAGUUCUACUUCAAUAAUUGCCACAACAGUUGA